ACCCUCGCGCCGCUGGCACUCCUCCAACUGAAAACGGAAAUUGGCUGAAGAGGGUCUUCCGCCCUACCUUCCAGCGUAGCCCGGAGGGAAUGCCCGAAAAUAACACUGUGAAGGAUUAUUCUCACUCAAUAUUCUGCAAGCUGUGUUCUUACCAUUUCCUUAUUUGGUUGAUGUAACAGAAUACUGUCAAAAUCAGAACAUAACCCUACAUUUGAAUGAAAUAACGAUGGGAGGAACACCAGUAACCGAAAAACACCUCCGCUUAGCAGCCGAAACGUUUCCAAACACCAGACUUUUAAAUUGUUACGGACAAACCGAAGUAGGACCAACAACAGCAUAUCCGAGACACGAAAAUUACGUAAAAUUAAUGAAAGAAAAGCUGUUUAAACUAUCCUGCGGUAAAACAGUACAAGGAGCUAUAAUUAAGAUUGCAGAUCUAACAACUGGAGAAGCAUUGGGACCGUAUCAAGAAGGUGAAGUUUGCGUAGGAGGUGCUUACAGAAUGAAUGGUUACUACAAUUUUAUUUCGCCUGACACAUAUGAUUCUGAAGGUUUCACCAGAACUGGUGAUAUCGGAUAUUAUGAUGAAGACGAAUACAUUUAUAUAGUUGAUCGAUGCAAAGAAAUGCUCAAAUAUAAAUCAUUUCCGGUAAGUCCUGCUUCCAUAGAAGACGUAUUAUCUCAUCAUCCGGCUGUUAAGCAAUCAGUUGUUUUCGGCAUUCCCCACGAAGUAGACGGAGAUCAUCCGAUUGCUUUAGUUGUACUCAAAAACGACGUAAAAGUUGAUCCAACGGAAAUUAAAAAAUUCGUCGAUGACAAAGUUGACGAUCGCAAGAGGCUAAGGGGAGGUGUAAAAAUUAUUAAAGAAAUACCUUUGAGUCCUACAGGCAAACCAGACCGAAGGCUUUUAAAAAAUAUGGUUUUAAACGGAGGGCUGUAACAGAAUGAGUACCGAAUUGUAGAUUUUUAUUGUACUAUUGUUAUUAUAAAUUAAUACCUAAUGUUGGUAGUAAAAUCUAAUAUUUCUUGGAAGAAAUUGGAAGAAAUAUUGGGACAGAAUGGUGUAAUGUAAUGGUUCGUAUAGUGCAGUCGAAAUAAGAAGGGAAAGUCCCCAAUAAAUAAUGCACACUAAAGGCAUAUCGUUUUUCUCGUUCUUACAAACGGAAGAUAUCCUGUCUUUACUCUCUAAACACGCCUCCUCCACAGCUGAGUCGAGACCUGCAGCUACGGUUCAUAAGAAUCAAUCGAAUAGAAUGAGACGGUUGAAAACGUGCUUGUCUUGUUGUCUGUACCUAUAUUAAAUGAGCAAAUUUGCAGGAUCGGCUUAAGGUAGUAGUCGUGCUACAGUAUGAAAUUUUAAGAAAGAGUAGGUACCACAAUAUACACAAAGUGGAAAUAACCAAAAUAUUAUAAGGCUAAUAAAAUAUUACAAUUACUACAUAGAGCAUAUACUUUCCAUGUUAAUGACCUGAACUAUAAUUAAAGUUAUCUCGAAUUAGAGAAGGUCAAUCGACUUCAAAUUUUGAAGAUAUUAUAAUUUCCUUAAUACUGAAAUUUAGAAUCCAUGCCCAUCGCACGACAGCUACCCUUAAAUUACUUGGUUUAUUUGUACGAAUAAUUAUUUCUCUGUUUUGUUGAGGUAAUUGUUUCUGGUUGUAAUUGAUGUUAUUUGUGUUGUGGGUUUUGCUAUUAUUGUUGAAAUUUAUAUUAGGCUAAUGAUAUUAUAAUGAGCUACCAAUAAAUGUAGAGAGAUGACUAUUCGCACAAAUACACCAACUAAAUUAAGCCGACCCUGUAAGUUUGCCCAUUUUAUGUAGGU